AUGUCGGACACCCUCUCUGACGCGGACAAGAUCCGCAAUAAGCGACUUGCUAAACUCUCAAAUCCCGUUCCCUCCUCCUCUGGAGAGGGCUCAUCUGACUCGCCCCCAAAUUCCGCGAUUUCCUCACCCUCACGGUCGCCAAUCCGCCAAAAUGCGUCCAGUGAUUCCCGACCAGCCUCACCAUCCACCGCACAGACACCCCAGCGUUUUGAAGGAAAGCGGAUCAAGAUAACCCCCGCUACCCCUGCCCCGGAGCGACCACGCUCGACUGCACCGUCCACUCCGGGGACCCCACCGCCCGGAAGAGUCGAGACCAUUGAGACAUUCGGAGACCGGAUCUUGAGUGCUGCGUUCAAACUCACGUUGAAGGAGGAGGGACACCGAGACCUACAGGGCCAACGCGUGUUCCUCCCUGAAUUGCGCAACGAGCUGCUGAGCCAAGGAAAAGAACUGCUCAUUGGAACAGAAAUCUUGGAUCAAGCGCUUUUAGAAGCCGCAUCUAAGGCCGAGAAAGGACGCCCGUUGGACUACCUGCUGCCGUGUUGGAAGCGUAUCACAAAGUUGCAUAAGGGGUUCCGACGGACAAGAGACGACGAUCCCAAAUUCCAGGUCCUCUGUGAGGCACGUCGGCUUUGCAUGAGUUAUUGCAUCUUUGGCAUUACCAUGCCAGAGAUGUUUGGCCUUGAUUCCCCAGAGACCUCUACAUUAGCACCAUAUCUACUGGUGGACCCAGAGGAUGAAAGAGGUGUUGAUUUUGAAUUCAUUAGCGAGGCAGUCAAGCGUUUCGAGGAAGAUGAGAGUGUCAAGCCCGCUUUCAUUGCUGCUGUGGAGGAACUCAGCACAAGUCUGUCCGGCAUGGACAUUAAUGACGAUUACAAGCCCUAUUCUACGGCAUUACGAAACCUCGUUCGCCAUGCCUCUAUUGCUGCUGCAAUCACAGAAUCAACCAUCUUUAAUGAUUCAAAAGACCCAGCAAACUUUGAGAAGGCCACUCUAUUGGGCCCUUGGUUCCGUCUUUCACCGCUGCAAGCCAACGUUACCAUGUCAUAUUUCUCGAGCCCCAAGACUCGCGACCAAGCAUAUAUUUUGAAUGCCCAGCGUUCUCUUCGCAUGACACAACAAUUGGUGAGCUCUGACCUUCUGGAUGUCAUCAAUCACUUGAUUCGCGCCUCGAAAGAGGCUAGAGAUCGGGUCCUUGACUGGUUUGCUGCUGCUUUGAACAUCAACCAUAAACGUCGGGCCAUGCAGGUUGAUCCUGAGAAGGUCUCGUCCGACGGGUUCAUGUUCAAUCUCACAACGUGUCUCGAUCAACUCUGUGAACCGUUCAUGGAUGCCUCUUUUAGUAAGAUCGAUCGCAUCGAUGCGGAGUAUCUUCACCGGGAUUCCCGGGUUGACAUGAGUGAUGAAACAAAGAUCAAUGCGGAUCAGCAUGAAUCGGAUGCCUUUUAUGCGAAGAAGGCUGAGGGAACGUCUAACUUUAUCACUGAGAUCUUCUUCUUGACUGUGGCCGCGCAUCACUACGGUAGUGAAUCUUUAACCUCUAAGCUUGAGCAACUUGAGAAGGACCUGCGGCAUAUGGAAUCUACUAUCACAAAGUUUGAGCUUGAGCGCCAUCGGUGGUCUGGAAACCCCAGGCAACUGCAAAUGUUCGAGCAAGCGCUGAAAAAGUACAAGGACAAGCUCGAUCUUGGAAUAGCUUUGAAGUACAGUCUACAGGGUGUGAUGUUUGAUGAUCAAUGGCAAGCACGUUCAAUGUUGUUCAUGCGUUAUGUGACAGUCUGGCUGCUGAGACUAGUUUCGGGCGUGAACUUCCCCAAAGAGAAAAUCACCUUGCCUCUGCCCGAGCAACAGCCCGAGAUAUUCAAGUGCCUGCCCGAAUACUUCUUGGAUGAUAUCGUGAGCAACUUUAAGUUUAUCAUGUGGUGUUUGCCACAGAUCAUUACUGCUACCCAGGGAGAUGAACUAGUCAUGCUAUGCAUUACAUUCUUGGAGAGCUCUAGCUAUAUUAAGAACCCAUACCUCAAGGCUGGCCUCGUUUCAAUUUUGUUCCGUGGUACAUGGAACCGCCCUGGUGGUGCCCGUGGUGUUCUGGUGGAUCUUCUCAACUCGAUGGAGUUUGCCAAUGAGAAUCUGCUUCACGCUGUUAUGAAAUUUUACAUUGAGGCAGAGCAUACUGGUACGCACACCCAGUUCUUUGACAAAUUCAAUAUUCGAUAUGAGAUUUUCCAGAUCAUCAAGUGCAUCUGGCCCAACACUCUUUACCGGGAGAAGCUGUCCAUCCAGGCCAGCCAGAACCUCGAUUUCUUCGUCCAAUUUGUGAACCUGCUACUUAAUGAUGUGACUUACGUGCUUGAUGAGUCUUUUGGUGCCUUCAAGACCAUCAACACAACCCAGCAGGAGUUGGCCCGAGAAGGCCACACAAUGGAACAGACCACACGACAGGAGCGAGAGGAAAACCUCGCGACUGCGCAGCGCAGUGCGAAAUCAUACAUGCAGUUGACCAAUGAGACGGUCUCUAUGCUCAAACUCUUUACUGAUGCCUUGGCCGAUUCGUUCACCAUGCCGGAGAUUGUUCAGCGUUUGGCUGACAUGCUGGACUACAACCUUGAUGCUAUGGUGGGCCCGAAGAGCUCUACCUUGCGUGUGGAUAACCUUCAAGAAUAUGGAUUCAACCCCCGUGCCCUCCUGAGUGAGAUCAUCGACGUUUAUCUUAACUUGAUGUCUAAGCAGAAUUUUAUUACUGCUGUUGCCCGUGAUGGCCGAUCUUACAAGCCAGCGAACUUUGAAAAGGCGGCAGAUAUUCUACGCAAGUGGUCUUUGAAAUCUCCGGAAGAGUUGCGACGCUGGGGCCAACUCCAGAAGAAGGUCAUGGAGGCCAAGGCAGCCGAUGAACAAGCAGAGGAGGACCUGGGCGAGAUCCCCGAUGAGUACUUGGAUCCCCUCAUGUACACUCUCAUGGAAGACCCUGUCAUUCUCCCCAGCUCCCGGAUGUCGAUCGAUCGUGCUACUAUUCGAUCCCAUCUGCUCAGUGACCCCAAUGAUCCAUUCAAUCGUGUCCCCUUGACCAUGGAGGACGUGAUACCCGACACCGAGCUCAAAGCCAAGAUUGAAGCGUUCAAGGCAGAAAAUCGCGGGCGGAAGGCCACGUCGGAGAUGGAUACAUCCGCUUAA